AUGGCCAUGGCUCAAUCUGUGAAACUCUUCAUUCUUAUCAAUUUACUUUUUGCACUUUCAUUCAAGGCUAUCUCCACCUCCAACUACCACUUUUAUGGACUCAAAUCCCUGCGCUUUACCCUCUACCAACACGAAACCUUAAACAAAACUGCUUAUCUUAUUGUGAAUGGUGUGACAGGACAAGGGAUCACUCCAACCACAUCGCCUUUCGGCUCCUUGUUUGCUUACCAAGACAAUCUGACCAUUACAUCUAAUCCAUCUUCAAAAGUUGUUGGAAUUUCAGAAGCAAUUUCCAUAACAUCUACUCUUGAUGGGCUUGGAAAUAUUGCUAUUAGUAAGACCACUUUGGAGUACAAGCGUCUUAAGGGGUCAAUCUCCAUUGUUGGAAGCGCACAUAGCAUCGAGCCAUCUGAUCUUCCUAUUGUGGGAGGUACUGGUGACUUCACGUUCGUACAAGGAUAUAUGACAUCAACUCCAGUGAAUAUCAGCGGAUUUGCUGUUACCUACAAGUUUGAGUUUCACCUUUACUGGCCUCCUUAUGCAAAUCCAUCUUCUCUUCAUAAUUAA